AGUGGGUUUCCGAAGUCAAAUAUGUAUUGGAAGCAAGAAAAACUUAUUUCUUCGCUUCGUGGUAAAAAACGAAAAUUUUUCAAGACCCGGGACAACGUCCUCUCAGCUCGCGGCGCAUCGGCAAUGGUCGAGGUGAAGUUUAAAAGCAAAAGCGCUCUGAUGAGGCGGGUUCUUCUUCAUAAUUAUACAGGUGCUCAUAGCAAUUUUAUUUUGUAAUAGCUGCAUGCAGCAAUAGAUUUCUGACACAAGCGACCUAUUCAACUGGCUCUAACCCGUAUUCUGUGGCAGCAGCCGAUGUCAAUGGGGACGGUAAACCAGACAUUAUUAUCGCGAACUACAAUGCAAACAACUCCGGUGUUCUUCUCAACAACGGCAACGGCACGCUUGCUGCGCAAGUAACCUAUCCAACUAGCUCGCAACCGAUCUUUGUGACAGUAGCCGAUAUUGAUGGGGACAACAAUGCUGAUAUUAUUGUCGCAAACCAAGGUGCAAACAACGUUGGUGUUCUUGUCAAUACUGGCAAUGGCACGUUUGUUGCUCAAGUGACACAUUCAACUAGCUCUGGACCGCAAUCUGUGGCAGCAGCUGAUGUCAAUGGGGACGGAAAACUCGAUAUUAUUGUCGCAAACAGUAAUGCAAACAACAUCUUCUAUUUUGAUUAA